UGUAGCUCACAAGCGCAAAGAGAGCGCGGGAUUUUUACGAGAUUCAGAAGGUUCUAAACGAAAUGUCGACGUACCGUAAAAGAGCCCAACCGAGACCAACGACGGCUGCGGGUCUACGAGCCCAAGCUUCAGCCAGCGGGAAUUCAAUAUUCCGUAACCGGCCAAGAAGCAUUAGCGGACUCUACGGUAACAAUCAUCAUCAUGCGACUGGUUACUCGAGCUUCCUGGGCAACUCCAGCUACUCCACUCCCAGCUACCUCAACAAAUCCUCCCCAACCAGCAGCAGUUACAAAAGUCCCUACUCCAGCUCCACCAGCAGUCUCAAUAGCUAUCAAAAUCCCUACACAACGUACGGGGGCACGGCAUCCGGUUAUGGUGCCUUAACCUUGCCGUCGAGUAAUCCCAACAUCAGCUCCUACGGUCUCUCAAGCCCCUCGACUGCUUACAGCUACUUGAACAGCCUAGCUGGUAGAAAUGUCUCGUCGAUUAAUCGGGGCGGCAGUUUCAACAAGCCCAAGCCAAAAGCUGAUAGUACGAGUUUUGGCUCAAGGAGUUCGAGUUUGCAGAGUCUUGCUGGCUCCGAGGGAUACGCCAGUGGACACGAUCGUUCAGGACGCUCCAGCAGAUUGGGCUCCGUGUCCUCGCUAAGUUCCGAGAGCGGCGCAUCAUCAACACGAACGAAAGCGACACCUAGCGUCGGCGCAUCCGAAAACGGCGAGCUCGAUUAUAAAAAGCUGUACGAGGAGUCACAGGUGGAGAACGAGCGGCUUCGCGAUAAGCUACGCAAAACCGACGAGCAGCUGAAAGAGGCCCAGUCGGCCCAGAACAAAUCCACCCUCUCGGAGACGGAGAAGCGCGAGCGCAGGGCGAUGGAGAGGAAACUCUCCGAGAUGGAGGAGGAGCUCAAGAUAAUGGAAACGCUCAAGUGCGAAAACCAGAGGCUAAAGGACGAAAACGGUGCCUUGAUUCGAGUUAUCAGCAAAUUGUCGAAAUGAGUGUCGAAAAUAAACUUCUGAAUUGUUGUAAUAAAAUGGCCUUUUGCCGUUUUAUCAGCUAAAUGGUAGUCGAAAGAAAAAACAGAAGACAAUGAAUCAAAUAGAGAACUGCGAAUACUGAUUCUCUCGACUGUUUUAAUCCGAAUUGUAUUUUCAAUUGCGAAGGAACAUUGUGAAGAGAUAGAGAGAUAGAUAGAUA